AUUACAUACUUAAAACAAAAGCGAUGAGGGUUCCAAACGCGCCCAAGUCUGAGAAGAGCCCACAACAAACUCAGCCUUUUAAGCCAGAUUAAAAACCAUCCUGCUUUAUACUGAAUUAUUAUUAUUGUCAGAUAUUAUCUGGUGAAUCUCAGCAUAUUGAUUUGUAUCAUCAUUCAUAAUAGAGCGAGUGAUAGUGUAAAGGGACCUUUACGGAAAUUUCAUGACAAAUCAUUUUUGCUUUAUUUAAACAAUCAAGCGAGAUGUUAAAGCAUCAUUGUGUUAUCCUGAAGCAAGGAAUCUGGUGGAUACUGAAAUGUCACGACAGAGUGCUGAAACGUUGUUCCCAUCAGAAGAUGAGUCGCCGCAGCCUUCGCCGCAGCUUGAGCCUGAAAAGAAAUCCAAGAAAAGGACACAUGACAAAUUAAAAACCGGUGAACCAUCAAGUCCCACACCGACGCGUGUUGCGAAGAAAUCAAUGAAGUCCAUCAUCAAUCCCAUCGCACCGCCACCAAAAAAGAUCACUGCAUACGAUCUUUUCGGCACAGAUAGUGAAGAUGAUGAGACUGAAGAGACCUCUACACCUACAGCUGCGGGUAAAAAAAUACAGCCUUUAGUUUCGUAUUUAACAAGAAGACUGGCUAACGGUCAUUCAAGACAAUCUUUCGAGGAUAAGACAGGAACGCACUUCAUCGACCUGAAAGUGUACCGAUGUGAUGAGGUCGAAAAUGUCCAGCCCGUAAAUAGAUGGCGUCAUGCCAUCAUAUGUGUUAAAAACCGCACGAAUGAAGAUACUGAGGCAUGGCGCCACUUAACAAACUUCAUCAUUGCGACACGAAAAGAGUAUAAAAAGUGCACUCCCACUUUUAUCAGCAACUAUUAUUAGAAAUUAUUCCACUACGUCACACAAUAUUCUUUUGAAAAAUUGUAUUGUCACAUAUUUUAUGAAAUUAAUAAACUUGUAUAAUGUUGUUGUUUUUUUUUACAGUCACCCCUGCACCAAAGCUAAGUCAGGUCAGCUUGGUGAGAUGUGAAAAUUGUCACGUUGAUAUACCUGAAAAUAGAUAUCAAUAUCACUUAAGAACUAAUUUACAUAAGUCGAAUUGUUUAUUGAAUACCAAAUAUAAUAACAUUGAAGUAAUUUCAACAGCUUUCAAAAAUAGAAUAAUAAGUUAUAAAUUAAGUCCUUUUGAGGAGUACCUCACACCCGAAUCGUUCCUAAUAGAUAACGAGAAAUAUGUUAUUAAAAUUAUAAACAACUCUUUGAAAAGAUUUCAAAGUGUUAAAUUAAACUUCGAGCUUUUUGUUUUCUUUUAUCUCUCUAAAACAGGAGAAAAACAGCUGAAGUCAUUUAACACAAAAUAUAGUAUCAUAUCUAAAGGUACUGAUGUUCAUGAAUUAUAUUUAAAAACAAUUAAUACGUUUGAAAAAAAAAUAUCUGAAUUUCAACAUCGCGAAUCUGGCUGGACUUGCGAAUCAAUGAGUCAUCUAGAAAUAAACAUAAAUAAGUAUUCUCCUUUCAGGGGUGGCUCUUACAUAGCUCUUCCGAGUGUAGUUAAAAAUACUAAAAGUUGCAUAAAUAUACGCAACAAUGACAAUCAUUGUUUUUUAUGGUCUAUAGUUGCUGCAUUAUUUCCACAAAAUAAUAAUGUUUGUAGAACUAGUUCGUAUCCACAUUACUCAAAAGUACUAAAUAUAGAUGGUAAUAUGUCAUUUCCACCAUCAUAUAAAGAUAUUAAAAUGUUUGAGAAAAUAAAUGAACUGAGUAUUAACGUUUAUGGAUUGGAUAAUAAACAUAAUGUAACUGGUCCUUUGUAUAUAACUACAGCAAGAAAAAGUAACCAUAUAAAUUUGCUGUACAUUCAGAGGAAUGGUAAAGGUCAUUACUGUUUAAUAAAAAAUCUUUUGAAGCUGGUAAAACGACAAGUAACUAAUCACACAAGUAACAUGUAUUUGUGUGAGUUAUGCUUACAGACUUUUACCAGUAAAACAAAAUAUACUUCUCACAAUUGUAAUGAAAUAUUGACUGAAUUACCAGCGAAAAAUAGUUAUUUACAAUUUAAAAACUAUGAAAGGCAACAAAAAAUUAAUUUUAUUAUUUAUGCUGACUUUGAAAGUAUUCUAAUGAAGUGUAACGAAAAUAAAUCUGAGAAUACUCGAUUAUAUGAAAUGCACCAACCGUCUUGUUUUGGUUACUAUAUUUGCUGUUCUCAUGAACCUAAAUUAAAUAAAUAUGUUACAUACAAAGGAUCAGAUUGUGUGCAAGU